CGUAAACUCAAAGCUGUUUGUAAUGCGCGCAGUUAAAUGCAACAAUGAUACUACAUGAAAACUGUCAAUUUCAGAUCGCCUAAGGGUUGAAUCUAAUUGAUGUAAUUUCAAGAAAUGCUUUUCGCAUAAAAAUCAGCGUCUACACGCAAACUCGCAGCAUUGGUGAGUAUUGUUUGAUAUCUUUUGUGGUAUUUGUAGAGAAACAUUCUUUAUUCUAUUUAAUCCACGAAAUCAAUAUCACAAUAACAUGGAACAUUUUGUAAAUGCAAGUCAGAGUUUAUGCUAGGUUUUAAGUCAGUCGUCAUAAGGUAGAUGUGCCGUUUGAAAUUGCUUUUACUGGGUUUUUUCUAAGCCUUUUUCACUUCAGUGUACCUAAUUAUGUAGUUAGGGUAGAGCUCUACUGUCGCAUUGGAUUAGGAUAACGUGACUAAACAACUCUUCGGGAAUAGUGUCGUUAAGCUUCUUUACUUAAAUGUUUAUCCAAAUAAAGCUAGACUAUCCUCGUAGCAGUUUGCAUUUUGUGCAGUGUAUUCGAAUUCACCUUACGUGAUUAAUAUUUUAAAACAAUUCAAAAGGCUUUUAAAAGAAAGCCACUCGUGCCGUGUUGUUGUUAUGCUUGGGAAGACCAGUCUCUAUGAAGUAAUCUAUUCUUGAGUAUUCGACAGAUCUUCUCCUAUAGAAUCUAAGUUAUUCUUCUACGAUUUCUCAUCCAAGAGAGAGCUCUUGUUUUUAGCUCAUGGAAAUAACAUUUUGCUCUCGAAACAAGAAUUAAAGUAAAGCUUUAGGCGAUAUUAUUCCUAACUCGAGCUGCAAUGGAAAAGGUUGUGUUUGCUGAGAAUUUAGUCCACAUAAAUAAUGCACAUUUUAAAGCGGAUGUGACUGAACGGUUAUUUGGUGAACCAGUUACGAAUAAGAAUAGGAAGUAGCUGACAAAAAAGGAUUCCCUUGUGGCAAACAGCCUUCCAUUGUCUCUUUCUGCCAGAUACCUUGAGUCUAUCAUUAACUUUUGUAAAGAAUUCCACAGGGUUCCUAAUCCCACCUGCCAAAAGAAAUGUUCAGUUUUUGUCAUAUAAUAUCGGUUUGAAAUGAUGAAAUAUAAUUUUCUCUACCUUAACGACAGGUUGCAUUUAAUGUGUUUUUGGAAAAGGUUGGUUAAAAUUAGGUAAUGGUACUGCUUUAAGAAAUACACUUCUGUGCUUGUCUGGUGUAUUUUACUAAGAUAAUUGCAAAAAUAACGUAAUUUGUUUGGUAAAAUUCUAGAAUCAUUCUUCAAAUAACAAACAUCAUCUUUUUUGCUGCUACUCUACCGGUUUUCGGAAAUCACCAUGCAUUACAGUCCGUGCAGCUCUGGUUGAUUGGAAAUCUUUUAGGAAGUGUCGCCAACAAAGAAAAAAAAUUUUAGCCAAUUGAGGACCACUGCUGGUCGCAUACAUGUUAAAAUGGGAAAACAAUGUUUAAUUUCCAAAAGCCCUUUCUGUAGAGAGGUUGGGUAAUAGCAUUAUAAAAGUAUCAAACGAUCUUGCAUCUUGAAAACAGUUAUAAUUCAAACAACACAUGGCGCUCUCAUUUGCCAUUUCCAACUUGAGAUUGCGAAUUUGCUUAUGAUUUGAGUGUUUACGGCGGAUUUUUAGGAGGUAACAUUUGUUUUGCCGCACUAGGCCCUCCUAACUGCCAUAAUGUCUGCGGUUAAGGCCUUACAUGUUUACAAGCACUGAUAACUCAAUUUUCUGGUACGAUUUUAAUUUUUGUUGUUUAUAAAAUGAGGUUAUUUUAAGAUUUCGUUGAUGUAAGAAAUGUCUGGAAAGAACUUAGUAGAUACAAGGCUUGAAUUAUCUAAUGAAAGUUCGAAAGCCGAAGAUGGUUUAAAUCUUUAAAAAAAGCUUCAUGUCCAAGGCAAACUGCCGAAUUUUAUCAGUCUUGUAUGAGUAGAACGGAUUGUAAAGCAGUCAAAUAAUGUAAUUCCCCUGUAACUUGGAUCUUGUAUUGUUUUUCGAUCACACUGCCAGAAACCCUUUUGUUUACUCAGAUUUGUUAGGAAGAUCAGGUUUAUUGAGAUACCUAUACUGUAAAUAAAGACCCAACUAGCUUAAUAAAUAAUACCAUAUGGCAUAGGAAUAUAAGGGUGUUCUACCCAAACCUCUCUGAGCGGCAGGCCAAAGAAAAGCAAAAUAAUGUUUAAGCUGCGAGAACCGAUUUGUAUUUUGACUGUUUCACGUGUUUGCGUGCUGGAGCCUACUUUACAAACCACUAAAGAUAUCAUAGUUGUAACUGCACUUUCCAAUUGCCUUGUAGAAUCGAUUUGAAUUUUAUUUAUCGAUUUCGAGUCAUUUUCUUUUGAGGAAUAAAAGCAACUUCGUCUAAGAUGUAGUUUAACGUCAUUUGUGUUUUCUGGCAAAAACCCGUUUCUUUAACUACAAAAGACGAUUGGGUAAAACUGCCUCGACAAUUGCUUGAAAACAAUUCCGGAUGCCUAGAAGACUCGGUAUUAAAUCUACUGUGUUGAAAAAGCAGAUAUCCGUUGAUCCCAACGAAUACGAAUGAAUUGAUUUGCAAUCUUAUUUAAUAUAAUAGAGAAAUGAUGACAAUGUUAAGAAAGAAAACACUUCCAAGAUGUGUUUCUUAGACCAUUAACAUUUUACGGAAACCUCUGCGAAUCAAGACUCGACACGCUAAGCUGGUGAAAAUUUAAAGCCUUUAGUUUAACCACCAAAUUCAUUACAUUGAAAAAUUCAUCAAGUCGUGGUAAGUUUAAUUUUUCAGAUUUGCAACCACAGCAAAGAAACCCAAAUGCAAACUUGAACUCAAAUAUUGUAUUUUGUCAAUAUAUUCGUUUCACAAAACAGCUUAGCUUUAAUCUGAAAAGACAAAUCUCGUAAAAGAUUCUUACUUAGAUUGGCUUUUUACCAGCAAAGCGAUGUUUUAAAAGAUCUUCGAUCUGCGAGGAAAUGAGUUUAAAACUGUAUUGGUUCGCUUGCUAUUUACUAUACUGAUUGAGGUAAAUCGCUUAGCGCCUUAGGCGUUCGAAACAAUGGUUGUGGUGGUGGAAGACACGAUUUUCUAUCUUCUCUUACGGUGAAUAGGAAUUACAUCUCAAUGAUACAUUACAGAUAUCGUAGUUAUACGCAGUUGGUAAAACGGCCCGUAUUUUGUCGUCGUUCCCUACCGUCUAAGUUCGUCAAGGUUUACUGAAAACAGAAAAUAUGACUCAGGAGGAUAUUUGCAUAAUGUGGCAAACAGAAAAGGAGCCAAAACUAUCUCGCUGUCGGUCAGACUGUGGUGUCUUUCAAAACAUUUGAAUCAUAUGGCUGUGAAUGCUAGUUUUCGACUAAACAGUAUAAAAAUUCUGUCCAGUGAGCAUUUGGGCAAUGUCUUUUGUUGACAUUCGAGCUUUAAGAAACCUGGUUACCAAGAAGUAUACCGCGAUAUUUUUUUUUGCAGUCUCUUGGUGGAAUUGCUGUGAUGAUCCGCUGUGUGUGAUGACAAUUUUCUUUAACGUUUUGUUAUCAAAGCAGGAUUAAUUUGCAUUUAAGGGUUAUCAACAAUUUUGCCAAUUAUGCAUGGAUGCUUUUCGCGGUCAUCGUGUAAAUAAAUCGCCAAUUGAUUUGCGUAAGAAAAAUAAGGUUUUUCUACCGUUUUUCCCUCUAUUCUUUCUUAAAACAUCCCCGUGUUAUUUCUUUAUGUUAACAGGUCUUUGAAGUCAGGACUUAACAUCGACAAACAUGAGGUUUCCGUCGACAAUAUUAUUCUGGAUGACUUUAGGAAACGCUAUUUGGAGAUUGGCUGAAGCAGAAGAAGAAAAGUAAGAUAUUAUUUCAUUCCGUUAAACUUUUUACACGAGCCCUUACGAAAAGUUAUUUUCAAACAGUAUUAUGUGUAAGAAAAUGUUCUGUGUUCCCUGCUGGUAUAUGAUAAGAAAAUAACCGACUUAUUCGGCCAUACGUACUUCGCCAUUGGGGAUAAGAAGGAAAACAUAGAGUUAUGAUAUUUCCUCAUAUCUGAUCUGUAAGGAGUACAUUGAUUAGCUCUAUUGUAAGUAAUCAUAACCAGUUCCUCUUUUUGCCGACCUCUGCCACAGUUUGCCUUCUCAAGUGCGAUGAUCUGUUCUUCGUAAAUAAUAUAUGUUUGAACGGCAUGCAGUAUUGAUCUUUUUCAAGGUGAUAUUGUUGUACAGAAAGCCACUAAUAUUAACCAUAGCAAGUGAACAGCGAUGCAAAAAAAAAAAAUUUUCUGAGCUCCGCCAGUAAAGGGGAAGACAAAUAAAAGUUUUAAUGAAGAUGAGUUCAAGCGGCUCGGAAAAAAUACCCUUAUUUUCCUCUCUCAUAUCGCAACAGGGAAUCCAGGCCAUACUUUAAAUAAACGAGUUGCACUUAACAGGAAAGGAAGUGCAGACGUUUUUAGACGCCGAUGGCGAUCAAAGUCCUCUUACAGCAAUAAUACGGGAAGUUCCUGUUUUUUGCAUUUAAAACGAAAUAGCACAAACAAAAGAUACCUGAAAUGUCCCUGAAAAAGAAAAUUUGAACUUCCUGUUACCCUCCUCCUCUCAAAAACAUCGUCACAGAAAUUCAGUUUCACAAUAUCCUGCCCACCUACGACUUCAGCUCGAUGGCAAUUCAAAUAAAAACGACCGAUGCACUAAUUAGAUGCACCUGAUGUCGUCAAAAGAUCAUUGUCGUGUGCUUACAUAUGCUGCCAUUAAAACAAGAUGAAAUAGAAUAAGUUAAAAUCAUAUAAAUGAAAUAGUAUAACAAAAUCAGUUAAAAAAAAUGGAUUUGGCAUUACCCUUAAAACUCAUUUAGAUCCAAGAACAUUUUAUCUCUGCCCUUAACUCUACUCUGUGCUGUGAUUUAAAUUUCAAAGAUGUUGUAAAAUUUACCAUCUGAAUGAGCAAAUUAAUAAUUUGAUAGAUAAAUAGAUAGAUCCUUGAAUGAUUAAGGGAAAAGUUUUUGAGGAGCCUUUAUUCUUUGUCAAGGGCUCUUAUGAGAAAUAAAUGAAUUAAAUGAUUUUCUGACCUGUUGAUGCAACCACAGGCGUCCCUAGCUCACGCUGGUAAUGCUACCAAAUGAGGCAUUAAUCCUCAAAGGUAAACUUCAUUUGACGGAAUUACCGAAGAGAAAACGAAGCUUGAAAAAACUGUGGCCUCGAUGGAACACCAAUAACGUUUACCUUGUCAUCAUUAUGUGUCUAGGUGUUCGAAACACAUCUAAGCAUGAAUUUACUUCAGACUUCGCUUUAUGUAAUUUCGUGAUUGCAUUGCCCCUGAGAGGAAAACUUUUUAAUUCAUUUUUUUUACAUUUACAUACUGAAAGUGACCUUGAGGAGCAACACAGGUUUAUGAUUUUUUCGCGUUUUCCAUGAUAGGUCCCUUAAAUAUUAUGAAAAGUCGAUGGAAGAGGCCUUACAGCUUGCCAACAAGAUAAAUGCUGCUUUAGCUGUGCAUGACAAGAAGGUUCGACCAAACGCUGGAGGUGAGAUGAUAAAUCAGGAGACAUGUUAAUCUUUAAACGAAAAUCACUGAUCAAAUAGAUAAGAAAAAAAAAAUCCUUCAAACUAGACUAGAAGUCGGGAUGCUUCCAUAAGCUGUAGUGAUUUUUUCCUCCAAUCCCGAUAAGGUAAUGGAUGGGCUUAUUGAUUCAGAUGAAUAACUCUUAAAUUGUAAGACAUAGUAACAGAUGUUUCUCCAUUAUACUCUACUGCACACUAAGACUUUCACUGAGCCACAUGGACUAAUUCUCUCUCUCAGGUCCUCCUGUAAUGGUUGAUGUAGAAUUCAAGAUCAUUUCGAUUGGUGAGAUUAAAGAGGCUAGCAUGGUAAGAAAUAAAUCUACUAUAGGAUAGAAAGGUUUUUGAUAUCAAAAGAGUGAAUUAAGAAUUUAGAAUAUGUAAAUUGACGAAUAAAUUAUUUUAUCCCCUCUGAAAGGAAUACACAAUGGAUAUCUUCUUUCGUCAAUGGUGGGUUGAUCCAAGGCUGGCGCACAAUUUCAGCACUCCAUUCAACAUGGCAGGGGACGCUACCAAGUUGAUUUGGACACCAGAUACAUUUUUUUGGAACGUAAAAGCUGCCAAAUACCACAAAGUAACACGGGAGAACAUGAGAAUCAAAAUCCACGGCGAUGGAAAAGUGUAUUUCAGUACUAGGUAAGACUAAGUUCCGGGCUCAAACAAGUUUCCCAAGAAGGUUAUUGGUUUUUUUUUUUAUUUCAAUGCUAAAGCUGUUUUUCCUUGUUUUGAAUACAGGAUUACCUUUACGGCUCAGUGUGACAUGAAUCUUCGCUUGUAUCCAAUGGAUAUUCAAGUUUGUCCAUUGACCAUUGAAAGCUGUGAGUAGGAUGUUUCAAUCUCUAAAGACCAGGAUGACUUCAUCAGUUGCUUUUAAUGAAUUUUGAUACUCUUAAGAGAAGUGACUACAAUUAAGAACCCGAUUGUUGAAUAGAUUUUGAUACACCAAUUGUUACUCACCUUUUACUAUUCAUCACUAGAUGCACAUACCACAGCUGAUGUUGAUUAUCGAUGGAAAGGAGGAAAGUCACAGGGUGUUGAAAUCGUCUCUAAAGAAAUGGCCCAGUUUGAGUUUGUUGGUGCGAAAACCUCAACCAAAGCAAACACCAAUAGUAAAGGUGAGAUAGGAAAAGCUAAAUAUUUUGCGAAAUAUCGUUGAACCAUGAAAAUAAUCCACAUGAAAAUUAACAUUCUUGUCUUUACGAUGAAACUGAGUAUUUUGAUUUUAGCAGUGAUAUUUUUUGUUCAAAGACCGGAGGCAAAUCCGAUGUAUUAGAUUCCUUUCCUCUUCAAACUUGAAAUGCAUUUAAAAAAUUUUGAGACUACUCCAUAGAAAAAUAAAAGAGGAGAGUUAUUGAUUCAUUGAAAACUGUGCUAUCCUUUGUUUUAAGGUUCUUUUGCCAGCCUGCGGGCAUUUUUCACAUUCAAGCGUCGCGUGUCGUACUUCAUCACAGCGACCUACAUGCCUGCUAUGGUCCUUGUGAUCCUCAGCUGGUGUUGCUUCUGGAUCACCCGCGCUGCUGUACCAGCCCGAGUCACCCUCUCCAUAACAACAAUUUUAACCACCAUACUACUCUACGGUUCGGUCAAUUCUAAUAUGCCUAAGGUAGUUAUUCAGUUAUCAGACAAGUGAAUGAAUUUGCAUCUUCAGCCUAAUGAAUGUCGAGGGCUGUGUUAAGCUGUGCAAUUGUAUUUUAAAUACUAUCGAAUUCAGUAUCUUUUUGAAAGUCCUCUUGUUGGAAUCAGAAAUAGUUUUUGUUGUUAACAAGGAAGGGUGUGGUUUGGAUGGUAAUCUUGGAUCUGAUUUAUGAAGGUUAGGCUUGUCGCUGUCUCACCAUAGCUCGGAUUCUUUUUCUUCUUUUUCUGGAUUAUUCCGUUUUUCUUUCCCAAAAAUAAUUCAAAGUGUCAAAUUCUAGUUCAACCUUGCUUCAAACAAGCGUUAAAAGCUUUUCAGCUCUUAAGCUCUUCAGUGAGUGAAAAAGCUACUUUAUUUUGUGCUUGACAGAAAAAUAAAAAACUCUGAUGCAUACUUCGAUAAUUUGUUCCAAAUUUUAUUCCAAUUUUUUAACAGGUGAGCUACAGUAAAGCCAUUGACUACUUCCUCAUGACAUCAUUGGGAUUUAUCUUUAUGUCACUUCUGGAGUUCAUUCUCGUCCUCAACACGGAUCCACGCUUCUGGACUCAAAGGCAAAGAGAGCAAAAGGCUGAAAAAUUGAAGUCACUUUACAAAGUAAUGACUUAAGACAGCUUGUCAAUACUGCAUUCUGUAAGACAUUGUUAAGUGCUCGGAGGCCAUCCAUAAGGCCGCCUUAUUUGCACCUACUUUAGAGACAUACGCUUUAGAGAAAUUUGCUCUUUUUUCUUAACCCUUUCACCUGUCAGCUGGAAACGAACGGCGUGAAGAAGUUUGAAAGAUGAACAAAAGGGUAAUUGUAAUGCUAUACGAAUCAUUAAAAACGUUAAGUGGAAACUGGAAAUAACUGUUCGGAAGUCAUGGUGACGAGCACUGUCGACGUAAAAGGAUUUGAAACCUGUCACAAAAAGGGAAUUGUAGGAAAGCAUUUGGGAUUGUACAUACAGCUAAUUGACGCGGUUAUUGGUAUUUUCGAUGGAUAGCAGUGCCAACCAUGGCAAAUGGACAACCACAAUUCAUUUAUUAUCAUUUAGUCUACUUUUGUCAGAGCUUAAUGAUGCAAAAGCUAAAACAUGGUAAAAUGCCAAACCUGACGGCGGCGUCGUGCAAACUAUUGCUUCUUCAUUUCAUUUUUACUUGGCAGAAAAGUAACGUAGAAAAGAAAAAAUUGGUAAUGCAAUAUCGUUUUAUUUAUCACUCAGGAAACUCCAGCCGAGACUGUUGUCACGCUCAUGGACGGCAAGGCUAAACCAACCGAUAUUCUUAAGGAAAGCACAGACAUGACUCCUCUUAAUGGCCCAACCAAAGAACGUGAGAAGGAUCCACCAAAGGCACCAGAAGCACCACCAGCUGCCAAGACCCAUUGGAUCGAUUACGUCGCUCGUAUUCUUUUCCCCAUUGUCUACUUCUCCUUUGUAACAUUCUAUUGGAUAUACUACAUUAACCAUCCUGAGUCAGCCAUGGGUGGAGUUACUGAGUGAUGCUCAGUCAGUACCUUGUCGGAAGUUGACUUAAAGUUUGUGAGCGUAUUGUAAACUACAUAUGGUGUUGUAGCUUUUCUUCUUUCGCUAUAGCUCAUAUUAAUUCUUUUAGCUGGACUCCGUCACAUGAGAAAAGUGCUUAAUAAUUUAUAAAAAAGCAAAAAUCAAAAAGAGCUCUCAAAAUAUUAGUUCUAACUUCUCUUCAGCCUCAAAUUGAUUACUAAAAGUAAUGUGUUAAAUACUAAGCUCAAGGUGAAUUUUCACGUUGAUAUGUGUUUGCAAGGGUGGACUAAAAUCACUGGAAAAGAGGGUUAUUUGAGGGAGUACGGUCAUCUUAUCGGUGCGUAAUUCAGACUCAUCUUUGGAGGCAAGUAUAAAAGUAGUGGUAUGGUCUUUUUUAAUAAUUUUGGGAAAAUUUUGUUUCAUAAUAUGCAUAUCAAAAGCUGCUUUACGAAGAGGAAAUCUGUCUUGCUCUAAGCAAUUAUCCCAAGAAAUUACUUUAGCUGCUCUGUUGUAUUUUUCGAGAACUUGAAUUCUCCUUGGGGUCGUAGAAACAAAAUAAAACAGAAAAGGUCAGCUAAGUCGCGUUUUGUAACUGUGCAGCGCGCGCCCUCCUUAAGAAUGAAUACGCGUUUUAUUUUGGUUCAAAUAUGAUUUCGAAAUUACGACUUAGAGUUCAUAAUGAUGAAUAAAUAGCGGAAACGUUUGGUUAGGUGGAAUGGGAAUACACUUGGCCCUCAUCUAGUGAGAGAGCCUGUCAGUAAGACGCCUUACUUUUUUCGAUGCAAAAUCCUUACGACUAGAGUUUAAGUCAGAAUAACGACGGAUUAAUUUAUCAGCUGUUAAAAAAAUGAGAUGUUUAUAUUAAUGGGAGCAUAAUAUUAGAACUAGAACACAACCUAUUUCACUUAGCUUAUGUAACAGAACACCUACAGUAGUUACAUGACGGUUCCAGAUUCUAAUAAUUUGGUAAACUAAUUUUUUUCGCGGUCUAUCGAAAGGGAAAAAACACCCACACAAAGACAAACAAGAGUGAAAAACUUGUAGAUGCAGCGCGGUAUGUUUUCCUUACCAGAAAAUAAUUUAUCAUUUGAUCACAAGCCUCAGAGGUAGCUAACUCAUUCCAUGGAAUGUUCAUUUAUAGUACAGCAGAAUGAUGUCCGGUCGAUUGCUAAUUUAAGAGACAAGAAAUACAAAUCGAGCAUUUAUAAUUAGUGUAGUGGAUGUUUUCACAUCUUGUCCUUGUUCUGCAAAUAGCACGCGCCACUUUAAAAAGAGAGAUAGAAAAAGACAGAGUCUGAGUUAGUGUCAAAUUUGGUAUUUAAUUUAAGUAUAAUUUAUCAAAAUGAAUCUUUUUAAAAUAUACACGACCGCGAUAAUAUUAUUAUUAAACGUUAAACGUAUUGAAUUCGUGGCAAUUAUUACAGAUGUUAAGCUUACAACUUGCAAUAAGCGUCAUUGUAAAACAUUUCCAAACAAUUGUUUAAUGAUUUCAA